AGUUGCGGCGCGGGUGCAGCACCGUUGAAGGAGGGGGUAACCGGUUAUAUUCGCGCUGUUGAACAGGUACUGGUGACCGAGAAGACCCAGAUAGAACUACCUGGGAUUAGCCGAGCCCUGCGGGGCCGGCCAGACCGACACCAGGGGUCCGGUUCAGCUCGAUAGCGGCUCCGACUGUGCGCCGCAAAGUGAAAGUAAACGGCGGCGGCCUGUAGAUUUGUGAGCCUUUUGACUGUCAUUCGAACGGCAUUCAGACGUUCCAUGAGUGAUGGAGGCCUGGCCACUAUUUCUGAUGCUCCUCGCAAUUAAUUCUACUCCAGCGGGUGCAGCAGAUGAAUUUGUGGUCACGGCUCCAGGUCAGCCCAUCGUGGCUAUUGUCGGGAGGGACGUGGUGCUGGACUGCCAGCUCGUGCCAGGCAAAUUCCUGCCUGACAUGGAGUUGCGUUGGAUCAAUGUGGACCUGACCUACACAACACCCGUUCACAUGUACAAGGGGGGCAUGGAUGAAUUAACUAUGCAGGCUUCGGCCUACCAGGGCAGGACCCAGCUGUUCCACGACGAGAUCAACAGGGGCAACCUUUCCCUCAAGCUGAUGAACGUGCAGGUGUCUGACCGUGGGCAGUACAAGUGUUUUGUGGCGACCAAGGUUAACCAGAAUGAGAUCAAGAUGAGCUUGAGGGUAGCAGCCACUGGGAUUCAUCCUCGGACUGAGAUGAAGGGCUACACCGGAAAUGGCAUCUGCGUCGGUUGCACCUCAGAGGGGUGGUUCCCAGAGCCGCAAAUCCAGUGGAAAGACGGGAAUGGUGCCGAUGUGACGGUGAAGCCGGAAACCACAUUGCAGGCGGAUUCCCAGGGCUUGUACAGCAUUAAGAGCACCAUCGAGGUCUCCCGGGGCAACAUGAACACGUACUCCUGCAAGGUUGUCAACAAGGAUCUGAAUGAGUUUGCGCAGGGCAGCAUACUGAUCUCAGAUAGCUUCUUCCCUCAAACCUCGGCAUGGCAGAUUGUGUUCUGGAUCCUGGUGCUGUUCGUUCUUGCAGGUCUUGGUUUGGUCUAUCUCUUGUAUCACAAGAUGAGGCAGCGCAUUGACAACGUGAAGAAAUCUUCGGGUGCUAUGCGGAUAGAAGAAUUGAAAGAAGAACUUGAGAAACAGAAGCUGGUAGCGGAAGAAGGGUAUGAGAAGUUGCGCAGGGAGAAAGCGGAAGCAGUACGAGCAGAGAAAUCAGAGCUUGAGAAACUUAAAAAGAAAUUUGAGGAGGAAAGCAGCACGAUCACAGCUAAUUACAAGAAGCUCCAGACUGAGUUUGAACAAUGGAGACCUCUUGUCAAAUCAGAAUGGGACAGGAUGUACAGUCAUGCAGUUGUUGUGCGUCCAGAUCCGAAUACCGCUAAUGCAUGUCUGGAGGUGUCUUCAACAGCGAUCAGUGCGAAGACUGGAGCACCCUCGACUGUUCCAGACGUCCCAGAGCGAUUUGACUCUGCUCUGUAUGUGCUGGGGAUGGAGGGUUUUAUGAAGGGUGCCCACUUCUGGGUGGUUGAAGUCGCCUCGAAGAGCUACUGGGACAUCGGUGUGGUCCUUGAAACGAUCCAGCGGAAAGGCAUGCCCAACCUGUCCACCAGCAAUGGCUUCUGGACCUUUGGUCGAGAUGGAGAUGCCUACACAGUCAGCGAUAAGAAUCACUCCAGCAUGUCAAUAGAAACGAGGCCGACAAAGAUUGCUGUGUUUCUGGACCUGGGGGCUGGGAAGUUGUCCUUCUACGAUGCUGACACUAUGUUCCACCUCUACACGUUCAAUGCCAGUUUCUCAGGCAAAGUCUACCCAUUCUUCUCACCUGGAUGGAGUCAACCAGGUCUGAUCAUUUGUCCGCUUAACAGCUAGCCAACAGCGUCCAUCCACAUUGUUGUGAACUGGUUGCUAUAUUGGUGAACUUUUGUAUUUCCUUUAAUAUCAUGAUUGUUUGGAUUUAAAAAAUGACUAUUUAUAACGCUAAGAGAAGGAAGUACAGUGGGUUCCAGUAAUUGGGGCCAUUAGUUGAUCUUGAGAGCUGAAUGGUAACAAGAACAUGUGAGCCGGCUGCCUUGCACGCUUUCCUUCCGUGCUGAGGUUGAGCGUCGAGCUAGCAAUUCGACCUCAUAAAAACAAGUAAGCCUGCUAAAAAACACUGUCACGACCGCAUUCCGGUGACUCCAGUCUGAGUUAAGGGCUUAAAAAAAACUAGUAACAUCUUGUAACAUCCAUAUUUUUCUUCGCAUCCACAGAAUCGCCUAUCUGUCCUCCUAACUAUAGAGUUCCCUAUCACUCUUCCAUUCCCUACCCUCCUGAGCCAGAGGUACAACCUCUUGCUUUCCCUGGGUAGGCUGUUUCCACGCCCCCCCCCCCACAGUACUCAAAAUCAAGUUAUUAUUGUGAAAGGGGAAGCCACAGCUGCUCUCCUCUACCCUUCCUUCUUCUGAUGGUCACUAAAUGGGAAAAUUGCUGAGAUUCCUUUUGUUUACUUGGGAGAUGGUGCCAAUUAAUUAGGUUAGGAGACUUUUGCUAAACAAGUUCUAACUAGUAUCAGUCGCAUGCACUUUUGUGAUUGUAAGAAACGACACCAUGUUUUGACAAACAGAUAGUGACAGUUAUCUGCGUUUGUGUUCAAACAGCAGUGAUUUUUGAUAGCUGGCAAGAAAUAAGGAGCUAGACAAUUCAGAUCUGUUUUACUGACGUUUCAAGCAUUCAGGUUUGGAGAUGCCGGGAAAAAGCCCAGGGUGAGAAUGAAAUUAUUUCACUACUUCAAUCAGUUAGAAACUAUGAAUAAUUUGAAGGCAAUAACAAUCAUCUCGAAGGUUGCAAUGAAAAUGCAGAUUUGGAAGAUGGUAUUGUCAAAAGUAUUUCCUGAAGGUGUCAUACAGCAAUGUAGUAUUAUUGGUAGUGUUCUGUGUAUUUCAUUUAAAUAUGCAGAUUGUUAUUUAGUUUGUCAUUUUUAUGCCUUUUUUUACUACUUCCAUGAAAUUUGGGCUAAAUGUGGCAGCCAUUAGCCCAAUGUACUGGUCCCGAGGCUGGUGCGAGAAAUAAGAAAAAAACACCCAGUGACAGGCAGUCCUGUGGGUGAAAAGAGAGAGGUCGGAGGAAAAUGGCCAGACUGUCUCGGAGCCUGUUGGUCCUGGCUUUUAUGCUGCGGUACCAUUUCCCGGAUGGUGGCAGCUGGAACAGUUUGUGGUUGGGGUGACUCGGGUCCCAAUGAUCCUCUCACACACCUGUCUUGGUAAAUUUACUUAUUUUUUUAUUUGCAGUUUGUUUACUUUUCCCACAUUGGUUGUUUGUCAACUUUUGUUUGUGCAGUUUUUCAUUAAUUCUAUUGUUUGUCUUUGUUCUACUGUAAAUGCCUGCAGGAAAAUAAACUCUCAAGGUAA